CCCGCCCACGCCCGCCGGGCACGCGCCCUCGCUCCCGCGGCGCGCCCUCCCCUCUGUCCUCCUCGCCCCCUCCCCUUCCCGGGCCAUGUCGGCAGCGGCGGCGGCUGGGGGCUCAGUGGGCUCGGCUGGGGGUCCCGGCCCCGGCCCCGCGCAGCCCCCGCCCCCGCCGCCCCCCGCCGGGCCCCGGAUGCGGCGCAGCGCCGCCAGCUCCCCCACGGCCCCGGGCGCCGGCCGCCUGCUGCAGCCCAUCCGCGCCACAGUGCCCUUCCAGCUGCUGCGUGGGGGGCCCAGCCCUCCGGCCCCCGACCCCCCGAGGCCCCAGGGCCGUCCCCGGCGCAGGAGCGGCUCCCCGGAGCCCCGAGGCGACCGGCCCCAGUCUCAGCACGUGAGGACCUCCAGCUCCAUCAGACGAACCUCUUCUCUGGACGCCAUCACGGGACCUUACCUCACCGGGCAGUGGCCGCGGGACCCCCACGGACCCUUCCCCUUGUGCAUGAAAGACAAGGCUACUCAGACCCCGAGCUGCUGGGCCGAAGAGGGGGCCGAGAAGAAAUCCCAUCAGCGAUCGGCAUCGUGGGGCAGCUCGGAUCAGCUGAAAGAGCAGAUCGCCAAGCUGAAGCAGCAGCUGCAGCGGGGCAAGCAGAGCAGCGGCCGGCACGGGCACCGAGACAAGGACCGGCACUCCCCCCUGCACGGUCACCCCGCGGCCGGCAGCCAGACGCAGGCUGCUGGCUCCAAGUGUGUCUCCGGUCCCAAGUCAGCCGUCUCCCGGGUACCCUGCAGCGUCGAAGGGAUCAGCCCGGAGCUGGAGAAGGUGUUCAUUAAGGACAGCAGCGCCAAGGAGGAAGGGGGCAAGCCCCUGGACGUUCCUGAUGGCCGUCGCGCCCCACCACCCGCCCAGUACCGCAGCAGCAGCAGCGGCACCCGCAGCGUAGACACGCAGACACCAUCGGUGCCGGAGCGCAGCAGCAGCUGCAGUAGCAGCCACUCGCCCUGCGUGUCUCAGGACGGCAGCCCGUGUUCCACCGAAGACUUGCUUUACGACCGCGACAAAGACAGCGGGAGCAGCUCGCCGCUGCCCAAGUACGCCUCCUCCCCCAAACCCAACAACAGCUACAUGUUCAAGCGGGAGCCCCCGGAGGGCUGCGAGCGAGUGAAGGUUUUUGAGGAGAUGGCGGCCCGCCAGCCCAUCUCGGCCCCUCUCUUCUCGUGUCCUGACAAAAACAAGGUGAACUUCAUCCCCACCGGCUCCGCCUUCUGCCCCGUGAGGCUCCUGGGGCCUCUCCUGCCCGCCUCGGACCUGGUGCUCAAGAGCUCCCCGGGCUCCGGCCAGAGCCCGAUUCUGAGCGCCCUGGCCGUCGAGCAGCUCUCGGCCCGGGUGGCCUUCUCCUCCCUGUCCGACGAUCCCGGCGCCGUGGACGCGGUGGCGGAGGUCACGCUGCCGCCGCCGGCCGAGGAGCGGGCCUCGUCCCAGAGCUACGUGGCCAUCUAAGGGGAGGGGGGUCCCAGCCCCGGGGGGCGGGAGCCCUUCUGGACCGCGGAGGACGAGCCCCGUGUCCUCGCCAGGGCCGGCCUGGACUUGAGCAUUUCUUCUGUUUGCGAGCGGCCCGCCUGUCGCCCGCCCAGACCGGGGCGUGUCCCGCGGUCCCUUCCCAGCCCUCCCGCGCCCGAAAGUUGCCUGUCCCACGGAAGCUGUCUGGCCGCGCUGUGUCCCGGGGAGACGCCGCGCUCCGGGGGUUGUGACGCGCACGAUGCCAAGGCCGCCGCGCCCUCCCUGGGCCUCGUUUCAGGUACUUCGGCCGAAGUCUAACUCAGGUAACUUGGAAUGUAAAUCUAAGGCGAGGACGGGGUCCCAGCGAGUCCCUCCCACGGACCCUCCCCCAGCCCAUCCCCCUCUGUGGGAAGGACGCGCCGGAGGGGGAGCGGGCCGGGCGGCCGGAGCCCUGGGCCCCCGCGGGGCGCUCUGAGAGCCGGGGCUGCCGCGGGCGGGGGCGCCCCGGUGGGAGGGCCGGAAGGCAGGGAUUUCCCCGGAAAGUCCCGCUCCCGGUCCGCAGGCUCCCGUGGCCUUCCCCUUGGGAAAUCGCGCCCGCCUCUUCUGGCUGAAGGGAACAAGCUGCUUUCUCGCCUCCGCCCUCCCCGGCUUCACGGAGCGCAGCCACGCUCGGGCCGAGGCGCUUCCGUCCCUGGAGAGCGGAUGUUCCGGGGGCGCUUCCCUAGUCUCGUGCCCCGUGUCUUUUGUCAGCGCGCGUUUCUGCCGGUCUCCUCCGCGGGGGGGUGUGAGGGAGGGGCCGCGGGGCCCGGGCUCUGGGGAAGCCGCGGGGUUUCCUUUGGCUCCUGGGAAGGAGGGAGGGGCCGCCUGCCUGUCACUCUCCAGGGAGGCUCCGCUCCCUAGCUCCCACCGACAGGGGCCGCCAUCCCCCCGCGGUUAUUCUGUCCGCCGGGAGAGCCUUUCACGGAGCAGGGACGGGACCCCCUUCUGCCAUUUUUGGGGGGCUUUGGAAUCAUUUUUUCGGUAAUGCUGUCAGGCCUCGAAGCAGGGAGGAAGGGCCGCUGGCGGUGUCCAGCGUCGGGGUGCCCGGGGCUGAGCUCCCCGAGAUUGGGCGCCAUCCCACGCCUCCCCUUUCCCGUGAGAAGCUAGCUAGUAGUCGUGCUGCCCGUUUGUCUAGUGCAUCCGAAGGCUUGGACGUGCCGCGGGGGAGCUUCCGCCUGUCCCCGGGAGCUCCCGGGAAGCUGCGGGGCCGGGGGCGUUUCCGAGGUGUCUGGGUCUUGUCCGUUGAGUCCUCUGAAGCCCGGGGCCCCGAGGCCGGGCUUUCUUUACGUGAGGACAGAUGUGGCUUUUGUUUUGUACUUUUCCAGUAGAGAAAUCCCCGUGUCUUAUUUAAAUAAAGCUAUUAGUAAAAAGGA